AGCUGGUUUUGGUCUUGGGGAGGAUCUCGGGGAGGAUCUCGGGGGAGGGUUUAGCUCCUGGGGCCUGGGAGUGGCCUCGCUUAAUAAAAACUCUGUGUUCUUCCUGCUCGUCUCACUUCUGCCACAUUCUGCGGAUCCUCUGAAACUCACCUGGCCAGGAUGUCGUGGGACGCGUACAUUACAAACCUUCAGCACAGCAAACUGAUUACGGACGCGGUCAUCUGCAGCCAUGAUGGAACAGUGUGGGCCAAGAACGCCAACUUCACCCCCACUCCGGAGGAGCUGAAGGGUCUGAAUGGGACCCGUAACGACUUGUAUCAGCGCGGAGUGAAACUCAGCGGAAGGAAGUUUCAUGUUUUGCGUCAUGAAAUGGACGACCCCAACGAACCCCACAUGAACCUCAAGAGCAUCAAGGACGAGAGCGGCAAGACCUGCAACGCCACCGUCUACAAGACCAAGCAGACGCUUGUGGUUGGCAUCGGUUCGCCGGACGCUCAGGGCGGAGCAGUGGCCUUAGACGUGUGCAAAAUGGGCAAGUACCUGACCGAAGCAGGUUACUGACCUCAGAAUCCUCAUCACCACCAGUCCUCCACAUCUCCUCGUCUGCCCCCCGACGUCUGCCCCCUGACGUCUGCCCCCGACGUGCCCCCGACGUCUGCCUGUACGACAACCCCUGACCACAUAAACCCUCCAACAUGGCCCCAUAAAGGUGUAGUUCCUAAUCUUGUAAACGUGUGUAGUUAGAUCAGGCCUACAGUGCUCGUGUUUCUCUGUAGUUCUGAUCUGACUCCCGUGGAUCGUUCUGUUCUAAUUUGGACAUUUGAAAUCUCAAAGCGCCGCCCAGUCCUACGAGAAUCACCCAUGAAGAACAUCAAACUGGAGAAGGAAGAGCGGACGUCACAGUGGGAACGGGGGUAGAUCUUUAAAAUGGCAUUUUGAAAAUUUGAGAUUAAAGAUUCCUGUUAAUAAGGUCAAUGAGAAGAAACUCCUCUGUUACAGUUAGCAGCUCUGAAAAGUCCCGUUGUAGAAUAAUGAUUUAAUAUAAUAACAGUACUUCCUCUGGUUGAAGCGCGUUUCCGUCGACUGGCGACUUCUGACUUCAUAUUUAUAGGUUUGGGUUUGUGGCUUCUGUUACACUGGGGCCUCCUAGCGCCAUCUUACGGUUCUUUGUGGUACUUUAUUGUAACUCCUGUGCCAAAGUUUUCUCAGGUGUCCCGUGAGCGCCCCUGUCUGUCCGGAGCCAGUGUUACAUUUUCACAGAGAUAUUAAAUAAAGAUUUAUUAAACCAGUGAA